AUGGGACUUGUUAAUUCAACAUCCUUAUGGUCAAAUCGUGGUUUUACUGGUGGCAAAUCACUGCCUGUGGUCGGUAACGGGCAGUACGAAGUUGGUUGUGCGGAUAUCAUGGUUGGAGCGAAUGACGAAGAAGAUAUAGGAGUAUUUGCUCGUAUAUUCUAUCCUACUGAUUCAUCACCAUCUGCUGGAAAUCAGACAUGGCGGCCUAGAAAAGAAUAUGUUGACGGUUUUGCGAAUUAUAAAAAAAUCUCACCUCGAAAAAUCCAUUUUUUAUUGGAUCUUUUUGUUGGUGACCGUCGCGGUUCAUCUGCAUUAUCUUUCCCGAUAGUCGUUUUCUCCCAUGGGCUGUCAUCAUGUCGUUUAAUGUCUUCUUUGUAUUGUGUUUCGGUCGCAAGCCAUGGUAUUGUUGUUGCAGCGAUCGAGCAUAGGGACCGGUCGGCAUGUUGGACGUACUCAUUAGAAAAAUAUGGUAACGGUAAUGAUUUAUAUGAAAAGUCGAUUCCUUUAAGACAACUUACUUUGCUAGACAAUGAAUUCCGGGUUAGGAACCAACAGUUACAUAAAAGAGUUGCCGAAUGCGUCAAACUAUUAAGCGUUUUAGAAGAAAUAAAUCUGGGAUUUCAUAAUAAACAAAACAGCUCUAUCCUAUAUGGCAAAGACUUUGACUGGACCCAACUCAAAGUAAGCUACCGCCGUGUUGCAGCUGUUGGGCAUUCAUUUGGCGGUUCUACAUCCACUGAAUGUCAUGUUGCAACUUUUCAGGCCGCAGUUUUGUUGGAUGGCUGGAUGUUCCCAAUCGAGAAGGAAUUAUACCCACGGAUUCAGCAACCUGUUUUAUUUCUCAACGCUGACACUUUCCAAUGGCAGGAAAACGUGAAGAGUAUGCUUCAAGUUGGAAGCGAAGAGCCGAGAAAACUUAUCUUUACCUUAAGAGGGAUAACGCAUUAUUCUUUUACCGACCUUCCCCUCGUAGUACCUGGUUUCCUUAGUAGGAAACUUAAUUUUUCCGGCGAGACCGAUGCAGUGACCUGUUUGGCAGCUGUUGUAGAAAUGUCAGUUUCCUUUCUGAGAACCAGUUUUGAAGGAGAUGAAUUUGAUUCGUCUGAGUGGGAGAUUUUUCGACGUACUGGAUUCCGUUACCUAUAUGGAGGCGAUGACCGUUCAUACGGAUAA